GCGCUGAUCCUGCACUGAUCUUGAUCGCACUCGGUUCUUCCCCGUUGACUCAGCCCUGACUCGGCUGGGCCCCGUCCUUGUUCUCUCCUUGUCCAUUCCCUUGUUCUUUACUCUCUACACUCGCCAUGGGACUAUAUCUGCUCGACUACGGCGCGGGCAACGUCCAGAGUCUCGCCAACUCCCUCACAAAGCUCGGCCACACCUUCACCUGGAUCGCCACCCCGGAGGACUUCGACAAGGCUACCAGCCUCAUAUUCCCGGGAGUCGGCGCCUUCGAGACCGCCAUAGAUGGACUCGCCUCCCGCGGUCUGCUCGAACCUCUGCGCGCAUACCUCCGAUCCGGCCGUCCGUAUUUCGGAAUAUGCAUUGGAAUGCAGGUUCUCUUCGCCAGUUCGGCCGAAUGCCCUGGGUCUGCCGGCCUGAACCUCAUCCCCUCCCCCAUAACCGAGUUCGAUUCCUCGGACAAAUCCGUGCCGCACAUGGGAUGGAAUUCGACUACCCGCGUGUUUCCCCAGCAGGGGAUGGACGCGCAGGACUACUACUAUUUCGUCCAUUCGUAUUGCGCAAAGUACGACCCCGUUGCGUACCCCGAAGCCGCGACCUGGGCGCACACUGUCACGCAGUAUGGCCAGGAGCUCUUCAUGUCGACCGUGCAGAAGGGGAACGUCUUUGGCGUCCAGUUCCACCCUGAGAAGUCGGGAGCAGCAGGGCUUGCGCUCCUGGACGAGUGGCUUCGCAAGAGCGAGACGGAGCGCUCAUCACUCUCGGCGACUUCUUGUACGGGAUCAGCGCCGGUCCUAAAGCCAAGUUCGAAACAGACGCUCACCAAGCGCAUCAUCGCAUGCAUGGACGUACGCGCGAACGACCAGGGCGACCUGGUAGUUACCAAAGGCGACCAGUACGACGUCCGGGAAAAGUCUGACAUCAAGACCGACUCCGCUGGCGCAGUACGCAACCUCGGCAAGCCUGUCGCGCUCACAGCCCGCUACUACGAGGCAGGAGCGGAUGAAAUCUGCCUGCUGAACAUCACAUCCUUCCGCCACUCACCUCUACGAGAUCAGCCGAUGCUUGCAGUCGUCCGCGCCGCCGCAGAGACCGUCUUCGUACCGCUCACAAUUGGUGGCGGGAUCAAGGACAGCGUCGAUCCCGAUGGCACCAAACGCACUGCCCUCGAAGUCGCUGGCGUCUACUUCCGCGCUGGCGCAGAUAAGGUCAGCAUCGGGAGCGAGGCAGUCUAUGCUGUGGAGCGCUUGCGGGAACGAGGCGGCCAAGGAGACGGGACGAGCGCAAUAGAGACGAUCGCGAAGGCGUACGGCAGACAAGCGGUCGUCGUCUCCAUCGACCCCAAACGAGCUUACGUGGCCGCGAGCUACGAUGGGCCGCGGAGAGACGAGAUUGUGCGCGGAGAGGACGGCAAGGCGUGGUGGUAUCAGUGCACGGUGUCGGGAGGACGCGAGACAAGAGAUCUGUCAGUCGUCGAACUUGCUCAGGGCGUGGAGAAGCUAGGAGCAGGGGAACUGCUCGUCAACAGCAUCGACCGAGACGGUACCGGAAAAGGCUUCGACCUCGAUUUGCUAUCACUGGUCAAGAAGUCUGUUCACAUACCAGUGGUCGCGAGUAGCGGAGCAGGCGCACCAGGACACUUUGUAGACGUAUUCCGGAAGACGAGUGUAGAGUCCGCGCUCGCCGCAGGUAUUUUCCACCGGGAGGAGGUGCGGAUAGAGGACGUAAAGGCGGCGCUAGCAGCAGAGGGGAUCCCUGUACGACGAGGGUAGAUAUAGAGAAUUGGAAAGAGCUGUCUGAUUUGCACUGGCGCCGCAUGGGGGA